CAUUUCAGUUUCACGACGGGACAAUACUUCGAGACGUACGCAAUGACAGGAGCAGCCAUUGAGUGCUGUGAGACAUGCGAAUAACUUGAAAGUGCUAGCUAAGCUGCAUCUAGUACAAUAAGGUGCUUAUAAGAUGUUCGUUGUUAGGGGUAGUCGGUUUGUUCAUCAUGUGCUCUCGCAGCAUACGGCAAAACAUUCGACUACUGUAACAGGGCAGUUUGUCCGAAGGAUUUCCAGUACGGCGCAUGAGAUCGGGAAAAGCGAGGCUGAUAUGCCCGUGAAGAUAGGGAAUCCUUUCAAGGAACCGGAGAAGGGUUGCAUUCUCUGCAAUAUCAAGGUGGAAUACAAAAAUGUGCAGCUUCUGUCUCAGUUCGUAUCACCACAUACAGGUCGCAUUUAUGGCCGGCACAUAACAGGGCUGUGUGGUCGGAAACAGAGAGAAAUAUCAAAGGCCAUAAAGAAAGCUCAACACAUGGGUUUUAUGUCGGUGACAUUGAAAGACCCCAUCUUCCUACGAGACCCCAACAUUUGCAAUAUCAGACACCCGGAGUAGCCUCAGCCAAUGAAAUGCCACCUGCAAUACUGCAAAUAACCACUUUCAAUUGUACAAAAUAUCUUCUGAAAGUAUUUGCUUGCCGUCUGGUUCCAGUCAUUGAAAAGGAUGUCAUUGGCCCGGUUAAAGUUAAUAAAGAUGUAUCAUGCUUUAUGGUGUCUAUGAACAUAACAUAUUAUGGAAAGCCAAAUGUUUGAAAGACCAUUUUAAUUAAAGAAUAUAAUCUGCUUAAAUAUGCAAAGUCACCCAAA